GUGUGUGACAUGACAUGUCAAGUCAACUGCCGUCUGAACUGUGCCGUGUUAACUUUUGCUUGAUCAUUUAUUUUGUUCACAAAAAUAAAGCAUACAACCGGAUCAGCGUUAAAUUAUAGACAUCGUUGUAGUUUAGGAGAGUGCAUAUAUAUUAGAUAUUAAAAUACAAACAUGUUGAUCAAAGUGAAGACACUGACUGGAAAGGAGAUUGAAAUUGAUAUCGAACCUACAGAUAAAGUGGAAAGGAUCAAAGAAAGAGUAGAAGAAAAAGAGGGAAUCCCUCCUCAGCAACAAAGGCUUAUAUUUUCAGGCAAGCAAAUGAAUGAUGAGAAGACAGCACAAGAUUACAAAGUACAAGGAGGUUCUGUCCUGCAUCUGGUGUUAGCACUACGAGGAGGGGAGUGAUCUGUUUGUGAUAAUAUCUUUCUAAUAUUUAUACCUCAUAAUUUUAUUUCUCAUUUCUUGUAUAAAAGCAACAUGAUUAUCAUAACAUAA